AGUUCGAACAUUAGUUAGUGAUUGUACCUUCGUCAGUAUGAAAGCUGUUAUUAUCUUGGCCCUUUUCGUGGCGUGCGCCAACGCGUCGAGCAUACAAAAUUUCAUCCCCAGUUUGCCAACUGGUCGCGUUAUUAAGGGUGAAGAUGCUGUCCCACACUCAGCUCCCUACAUUGUGUCUCUGAGCAAUAAUGCAGAGAAACACUCUCACUUGUGUGGUGGUACCAUCAUCGCUAAGGAUUGGAUCGUUACCGCUGCCCACUGCAUUUCCAAGCCUGUUGGCAUGGGUGUUGUUGCUGGUCUGCACGUACGCGCCGAAAUUGACGAGAAGACCCAAUCGCGUGUAGUCGAUUUCGGUUUGGUGCACGAAAGUUAUACCGGUGGUGUUGGACCUUACGAUAUUGCGCUGUUGCACAUUUCGGAACCCUUGGAGUACAAUGAAUGGGUGCAGCCCGCUAAUUUGCCACAGUACGAAGAAAUCCACAGCGGAGAGGCUACUCUUUAUGGCUGGGGUCAAGUGAAGGCUUUCAACUUUAAUGCCGCCAAGGUAUUGCAAACCGUUAAAAUUGAUCUCAUUGAGUAUAACGAAUGCAAGGAACAACUCGCCGAGAAUGCACCCAUCCAACCAACCAAUAUUUGCACGAGCUCACUGAAAAAGGGUAUAUCUGCAUGCAAUGGCGAUUCCGGCGGUCCUCUAGUUCAGGAACAUUCCGGUGUAGCAUCCGAACUGAUCGGCAUUGUUUCCUGGGGUUAUAUUCCCUGCGGUUCUGGUAAUAUGCCAUCAAUUUACACACGCGUUUCCGCUUACGUCGACUGGAUUGCACGUGUCCAAAGCGCAUUCUACACUUUGUACUAACUUCUUAUGUCAAAAUAAAUUAAACGUUUGAAAAAAGA